UUUUGUUGCUGAGAAUCGGUUCGAGUUCGAGUUCGAGCGGUACACACUUUGGGUUUGCUCCGCGCUCUUGACUCUGCUGCUCUGCUUGCGCGCUCUGGGUCUGGCCGAGAUAUUGAUAGUUUCGGCAUUGUCGUAUCAAAAUAAAGUGAACAUUCGUUUGAAGGCAACCGUUUAGACAAGGCGCGUUUUAUUUUUAUUGUUAUUAAUAUUAUUAUUGCGCGCUCCUCUCGAAUAUAGACCAAUAACAUCUUCAACUUUUAUUAGUAAUAUUUCGGAAGUGUUUGCAAGUGAAAGCACCGUAAAAGUCGGAAAAUUUUGCACUGGAUGCAAUUGCAAUUUUUCGGAAAAUUUGGAAAAUUUUCGCGAGUGACCGGUGACCAAGUCCCGUCUGAGGAAAAAUGAAAAUUUGCGGCCAAGUCCACGGUGAACAGUUUGAGGACUAGCACGAGGAAGAUUGUGACAAAAGUGACAUCGACAAUUCCUGUUGAACGUCAGGUUCUGAAUUUUGGGAAGAGAGAUUCAGUUGUACUCCGGAUGAAGCUUAUGCAAUAUGUGUUUCGAGUGUGUGGUAGCAGUGAUAUGAAGUAGUUGGAAUCGUGCAAAGCUGUGAAUUGUCGUUCAGCAGUAGCAAGUGUAGACUAGAAAACAAAAAUCAUCACAACAUAAAAAAAAACUCAAUCUCGCACGAACGAGGGGCGAGACAGUGAGUGGUUUUAAAUCCUUCCAAAUAGUUACGACAAACGUUCCUUCAAAAUUUUGGCCAACAUGAAUUCGUACUUUGAGCAGACCGGUUUCUACGGGCACCCGCACCAAGCGGCCGGGAUGAUGAGUUCGACCGGAACCCACCACGAUCAGACCACGGCCGCUGCGGCUGCCGCGUACAGAGGCUUCCCGCUGUCCCUCGGCAUGUCCCCCUACACGAACCACCAUCUGCACCAGAGCCGAUCCUCGCAAGACUCGCCGUACGACGCUAGCUUACAGGCCGCGUGCAAGCAGAUCUACGAGGGUUCCUACAGCACCAAGGACUGCGGGAAAACGGGCAGUGGAAACGGAACCACAGACACCACCAACGGCUACAAGGAUGUGUGGAACUCGACGAACGCGAGCGCCAACAACAGCAACACCAACACAGUGACUGCCGGAAACGUACCUGCCCAGCAAAACAGCUCAGUUCCUGUCCGACCCUCGGCAUGCACACCGGAUUCCCGCGUCGGAGGCUACAUCGAUGCAUCGGGCGGUAGUCCGGUCAGUCGGACAGGUUCCACCGCUGCCACCGGCGUCACCGGAACGUGGAACACGAACCAAUGCUCAAUAACCGGUGCUACGACCGGUGGCCAACCCGCACCCACCACCGGUCUUCACCAGUCGAACCACACGUUCUAUCCCUGGAUGGCUAUAGCAGGUAAGAGAUAUUCAGAAUCUCUUGCGGGCACACUUCUUCCAGACUGGAUAGGUGCCAACGGGCUGCGAAGACGAGGCCGGCAGACGUACACGCGAUACCAAACGUUAGAGCUGGAGAAGGAGUUCCACACCAACCACUACCUGACCCGCCGGCGCCGGAUCGAGAUGGCCCAUGCGCUGUGUCUGACGGAGCGGCAGAUCAAGAUCUGGUUCCAGAACCGCCGGAUGAAGCUCAAGAAGGAAAUCCAAGCCAUCAAGGAGCUGAACGAGCAGGAGAAGCAGGCCCAGGCCCAGAAGGCAGCGGCGGCGGCGGCGCAGGCAGCGUUGCACGAGCAAAACUAGGGGUUAGACCAUACCAAUCACAGUAGUUCUAGUAAUUAUUUAUACUAACUUUAGUGACUUUUGUUUUUACACGUCGUCAACCGGAAGUUGUUUUAGUUUUUUUUUCUUUUUUUUUAAGUUGUAUUUUACCUACGCGUUAUGUUUCAACCCCUAUUUUUAACAAUUUCGUUUUCCCAUCAACGGCGGAAAGAGGUUUCGUUUUUAAGUAAAUUAAAUUUGUAUAAAGAAAUGUUGCUAAAGAGAUUAAUUUGAACUACGACUAAAACGCUAGUGAAUGGUAUAAGGACAAACGAACAACAAAACACACAAAAAAGAAGCUCCCCCCGCUGACGCGGGAAGCACUGUAAAAAGAUUUGCUAUUAAGAUAAUUAAAACUACACACGAUGAAAAAAUGUGGGAAAAUGUUGUACAAAAAACAAGCUGGUGAAACUAUUUUUGAUUCUCAACCGUAACUCAGUUUAUCAAAUAACCUUUGUGAUGUGGUAAUUGCAAUACGUAGAAAUAUCCACGAUUGGAAACAGAUAUGGCUAUCGAUCGAUAUUAUUUUGCAGUUUUCGCCUUUGCAGAAUGCCAGAUUUCUUUUCACUGUUCUCUAAAUAAGAUUUAGGUGGUGCGAGUCCUUGGUUUGUUAUCAGUUCCCAAUUCGCAACCCCCUUGUUUUGUACAUAUAUUUUAACGAAAACACGAUCGACACAAAAAAGGGAAGCUUUUCCUCAUUUCCAAACUUACACUCACACAAAGUAGCGCUACAAACGUUGAACAAUGGCUAUAGGUUCAAGGAACGUACUUUUAAUUUCUAAGAUGUGAACUCAACUCGUUCAACCAACUGAAUAUUUUCCUCCUGUCCAGAAGACUAAAGAGCAACAAAAAUACGUAAUAUUUAUGAACCAACAGCGGCAACAACAAGCAAACAAACAAACACAUGUUCGUACACUACCCUAUAAUUAGUGUUGGUUGAUCCAAUUUCCAAGCAAUCGAUUGCAGUAGUAAUAUAUUGUUCAUGUACUUAUUUAUUGCGGGAAAAAUCUUGUAAAUAGCCAACUUUCCCCAAUCAAAAUUUUCUUUAGUGCAAUAAUUUUUAACACAAUUGUCUCUGAAAAAAAAACAAAAUGAAAAACAAAAACAUCAGGUAAUAUCAGUCCAGCAUUCAGUGAAUGAUGGUGGAGCAAGCAACAACACAAAACACUAAAUUAAACAAAAUCUAUCUGUCACUCGAGUUAAGCAAAGCUGCAUGUGUAGUGAACAACCGCCGUAGUGUAGUGUAAUCUUCACUCUUAGACCCACCCCAAAACAAAACAUUCUUUUCACUCCCCCCUCCCUCAACCCCUUUUUUAAAACUAUGUGAACGAUAUCUAAGAAAAGCCAAAAUAUUGUAAAUUUAAACGGUGGAAAGUGUUUCUAAUUUCCAGACACCACCAAAAAACACCCACAGAUAUCUCAUAGCGAACCUAAAAAAAACAAAAC